GGUGAGGAAGCCUAACGUCAUAAGCUUGCAACAUGGCGUCCCGAAGGCUGUGAGAUGAGCAGGAGGAUGGUAAAGAACGCUUGAGAACGAUCCUACCGAUGUAAUAAGCUUCAGGUGUUGCUCGUGUAGGAAGAGAGAGAAGGAAAGAAGGAAGGUGGAAAUGGAACUGCCAAAUCAUGCCAAACACCUGCUGCUGCAACUCAACCAGCAGAGAGCCAAGGGCUUCCUGUGUGACGUUAUCAUCGUGGUGGAGAAUGCACUCUUCCGUGCCCACAAGAACAUCCUUGCCGCAAGCAGCAUCUACUUCAAAUCUUUGGUCCUCCACGAUAACCUCAUUAACCUUGAUACAGAGAUGGUUAAUCCCUCUGUAUUCAGACAAGUUCUGGACUUCAUCUACACUGGGAAGCUCCUGUCCUCAUCGGACCAGAGCAGUGAGCAGAACUUCAGUGCCCUCUUAACCGCAGCCAGCUACCUCCAGCUCCAUGACCUCGCUGCUCUGUGCAGAAAGAAACUCAAGCGCAGUGGUGGGAAACCCCUACCAGGUAAACCCUCCACUCCAGGUCCCAUUAGCCGCUUACGCCUCAACAACCAGCGCCUUUCCUCUUCUACCCCUGCUGGCCCCAACAACCACUAUCCUCCAACCCCUUCCGAUGCCGACCAGCCACAGCCAGAUGAAGGCCUUCGGGACAAACUCUCAGAUGAUGAGAUGUUUGUCGGGAGCUCUGGGAAAAAUGGGAAUGGGGGGAAUGGCAGCAGUAACGGUAACCUCAGCAGUGGAGGAAGUGCUGGGGAACCAGAUCUUGGACUAGACCUGUCCAAGAAGAGCCCUCCCUCUGCGGGCACAGCCACUGAUGCCCCCAGCCCACACAGCAACUCCCAAGAAUCCCCUCAAUCUGCCUCAGUAUCCACAACCAACAGUGCCUCACUGGAUGACUCCUCUACCACCCUACCAGGUGUAGACACCUGUGGCUCAGAGACCAUGGAGCUGAACUCUUCCUCUAAAACCUCAGAGGAAACCCAAAACCAGCCAGAUGGGCCCCCACCCCAGAAGAAAUCCCGGCAAGGUGCUCGCAAGAAUGAAUGGCCUAAGAGAGAGGCAUCAGGGUUGAAGUCUGAAGAUCAUGACAGGCCCCUGGUUAAUGGGGUGAUUGUGGGUCCUAAAGAUGGCCGCUCCUCUGGGGUUGGAGGGGGCAGUGGUAGCAGCUUUGCCUCUGACCAGUCCUUCCAGUGUAAAGAUGAGGAAGAAGGAGGAGAGAACGGUCAAGACCACAGUGAUGAGAGCGGUCAAAGUGAUGGAGAGAGUGCAGGAGGUGGAGGAGGAACAGGAGGGGGACACCACAGCGCCAACUACGUGUACAGGCAGGAAGGUUUUGAGCCAGCAUUUGGAGACAACCUCUAUGUGUGCAUUCCCUGUGGUAAGGGCUUUCCCAGUUCUGAGCAGCUCAAUGCUCACGUGGAGACGCACACUGAGGAUGAGCUCUACAUCAAAGAGGAGGGAGGGACCUUUGUGAAAGAGGAGGACGAGGAGGAGGCAGAGGACCUCUCUGCCCCUGUAGGUCCCUCCAGCUUUGGCUCUGAAACGCGUCCAUUCAAGUGUACAGUCUGCAGUAAGAGCUACAAAGACCCGGCAACGCUGAGACAACAUGAAAAGAGCCACUGGCUGACUAGACCAUUCCCCUGCAACAUCUGUGGAAAAAUGUUCACCCAGAGGGGCACCAUGACACGCCAUAUGCGCAGCCACCUUGGCCUCAAGCCGUUUGCAUGUGAAGAGUGCGGCAUGCGCUUCACACGCCAGUACCGUCUGACAGAGCACAUGCGUGUCCACUCUGGGGAGAAGCCGUAUGAAUGCCAGCUAUGCGGGGGGAAGUUUACCCAGCAGCGCAACCUCAUCAGUCACCUGAGAAUGCACACCUCACCCUCUUAGAAAUGCAUCAAGCCAAAGAACUCUGGGAAUAGAAAAAAAUAAACAUUUCUCUACCUUUUUUCCAUCUCAAAAGCAAAGAAACGCACAUGAACACCUUCACAAGCAGACACACAUAGUUCUACAUAUUAAUUCCAGUUUACGGCGCCCUGGCUAAGUGAAUGAUGUUGCUGUUAGCCACAGUGGGCUCUUGGUGACGGAGGGAUCUUGUUGAUGCGUGGAUCAUGUCAUCGUUUAUACCAUCUGUUCACCUCUCAGGAGUUCGAGAGGGACACUUUACUCCUGUCACUCUCCAAAGUCACGAAGCCAUGGUGGAGUGGCAUGACUUCUGGUCUGUGUUGCAAGUCUGUCAAAUGUGAAUGUGGGUACCAAUAUAAUGUCAAGUCCCCUCACCCCAUACCCCUCAGCAGCCUUCCUCUCUUCUACCUUUGAGCAUUGAGUCUUUGAGUUUUUCAGAUUGUUCCUCAAACAGAUUAACUGAAGAGUCCACUCUGUACUCCAGUGCUAUUUUGACCAAAAACCCACGCAAACAAUACUGGCAAUAAUUCAGCAGAAAGAUAAUUUUUACCCUGACAGCUUUAUAUCCUUUGUUAUGUUGGUGAAGGGGAUCUGUAUGUAAGAAGAGGGAUAACUUGGGUUUGGGACCAUCUCCAUGCUUUAAAUGAAAGUCCUGAAAGAAGGUUCCUGGUGGGAUGACAUUGGAUUAAGUUAUAGUUUUCACAGACAAGAAAUACUCAAAGUCCUCCCUACAGCUGUUCACAGUAAUUUUGAGAGGGUUUUCAUUGUUUUCGGUUUUGCCUGCUAGUGAUUCCAGGAAAGAAUCCUGGUUGGAAAGAUUGAACCCCUUUAGGUACCUGUUUUACUUAAAGAACUUGUAUUGUUUCAGUGAAUGUUUAAACUGGAAGGUCUUGGGAUUUUUCUUGUGGAGGGGUGGGAUUUGGGUUGGGGUGGAGUGGGCUGGUUUAAUGGGUGUAAGAAGAGGGUGUUUAGACUGAACAUUAUGUUCAGUGGGUACGUUUAUUUUUUUUGUCUGUAUAGCUUUCCUCCCCUCAGAAAAAAGAAAAGUCUAUUUAUAUAGGCUUCUGACCUUGCUACCUCUGAUUACUCUUACGAACUCUAUGUUGAUUAGUUGAAAGUUCCUAUGUAAUUAAUUGUAAAAAGUGUGUAGAUUAUGGUAACUUUUCACCUAAUGCUUUAACCUGCCCAUCUCUCAACACAGGUUUUUUUAAUGCUCAUAGAUUUUACACAUUAAUAUUGUUUUAGCUGUUGUUUUUACAUGUCAAAAAUAGCUUUUUGGGUGCCCUACUCAGUGUGGCCCCACCUCAAAGUGUACUGUAGCUUCCUGCCUGGAGCAAAUAGUGGUUAGUUAGUUAGUUUAGAUGUAUAGUGUUCCAAAGAUCUUAUGAAUGUUAAGGAGAACAGAGCUAACUAACAAACAUUGCUAGACAAGUUCAUAACCAAAGUUUUUAAAAAGAUGUACUUAAAAUAUAUAGCAUACUAAAUUAUUUCACUUUUGAUUUCUUUUUGCUGUAUAAAACAAAUUAUGAAUUAUAUUCUAAGUCCAGACAAAGAAAUCCACUCUUUUGAUGGAGUUUUGGCCAAUGACUCUGAGACAGAAGAAGGUUCUUGUUGUUUGCAAGGAAAGCUUGUGCUGAUUGGUGGGCCGGUAUAACGUAAACUUUACCACCUAACAAAACUGGUAAAGUUUAAAAACGUGUUCCCUGAACAUGUUUUUUGUUUCUUUUUGUCUGUUUCCAGAGUCCUUAUCACUUUAUAUUCCCUGACUUUAAAACAGGACUUGAUGACAUUGUAUGUGUUCUGUUCAGACCAAAAAAAGAAAAAGAAAAAAAAGAUAGGAAUUAUAAUCAGAAUUUAAAUGUGAAGUUCAAGUUGCUUGUUAGUUUUUUUUUUUUUUUGAGCCAGACUUGUGAAAACUUGUAAUAAGAAGGGAGAAGCAGAGAUGCACUGGACAGCUGGACAACUCAUUGGUCUCCUGCGGCAUCUUUUUGUUUCUGAUUGUAUUUCAUUAUAUCACAAAAUGAUUUUAAGUUAUUUUAAACCUCUAAAGCUUUACCUCAUCAUAAGCAACUGUAAGUUGGGAAUCUCUCUCUCUGUUGUCUGUUGGUUUCACUGAAACCUGUCCAGUGUAUCUACUCUUAACAGUUACACUGUAGAGCAUGAACCUUCACUACAAGUUUUUGG